UUAAAACGUUGACAUCACAUAAUUUAAUGGUUAUAAGCCUAAACUUUUCUGACUAGUACGAAUUUAUUAAAAGUCUAGUCGUAAAUUAGUGCUAUUAUUACUGAUUAUCUUGAUGCCUCACUGCAGGGUACUUAUGAGAAUACAUACAUAAACAGAGGCCUAUCUUCAUAUGCAUGUUCGUAUUUGUUUACGUAGGAAGUGAAUGUACUGAAGAGAUUCCAUUCAGUUUUAAGCGAAGUAUUUAGCCGUUCGGACGUCGUACUUUCCAACAACAAAAAUAGAUAAAUUGACUAUCAAAUUAUAAACCAAUGCUUACAUUAUUAAAUUCGUAAUGGUUUGCAAGUGUUAAAACUUAAAACCAUUAAUACAUAAAUUGACUUUUACUGUGAAUGAAGAACAUUGUUGAUUAGUACUUGUUUUUUGCAUUAUUGUAAUUAUGACAACGGAAACGCUCAAGCCCUUUCUAUCAACGUCCCGCCAAGUGGAUAGCGUUACUACAAUGCGCUUGAGCACGACAUCACAUUGUUAUCCUGGCUUCAAUCUUAAGCGGAUAAUUUUCAGCACAUUUACUGUGGUUUUAUUUUUAUGUUUGUUCGGUUUUAUGUAUGUUCACUUUCGACGUAUUUCCCAAAUUGAAAGGAACGUUCAACAUUUGACGCAAAUAAUAUUGAAAAUGCAGGUACGACUGGACCUGACGAAUCAGGACGAACUGGGCGAUUAUGGAAAUGAGUACGAUACCGUAAUUAUUGAUCAACCAAAAAUAUCACAUACUGGUGGUGGAAAAUUACGCCAAGGUGGUGAACAAUAUACAGUGCACGCUGAUCAUUCCGAAAAUGAAUUUGAUUACACUGAGUUUAGAAACCAAUUGCCCAUAAUGAACUAUGACGAGGAUGAAGAUGGUGAAGCUAAAAAUUACAUUAUUAAUGACAAUUCUAAAAGAAAUGAAGAUUUAGAUGAUAUUAACGUAAUGGAAAUAUCAGAUGAUGGCGAUUUGUACAAAGAUUUUUCCAAAUUCAAUGCCUCACGAAAAAAUAAUACAAGUGCGCGUAAUCCGCGUGCGAUUGAAUCAGAACUAUUUAGCAAAGGCAAUCCAAAAUCUGAAAUCAUAGGCUUAAGAAAAAGUGCUGAUGAAGGAUCUUUGGAUACGCUUAAUCACCCAAAGAAAAUGGUGAUACUUAGGCUGCCAAUUUUAGGUAAAGAAUUAUCAGACGUUAAACAUGAACAAAAUAUUUCAGCUAUGGAACAAAAAACUUCAAAGCAAUCUCAUGGGAGAGGAAUGGACCACCGAAAGUAUAAAAAUUCUAUUGUAAGGAAAGCUAAAUCCGCGCGUCAAAUACAAGCUAUAGCGAACGCUCCCGCCGCACACUUUCAUUUAAACCACAAAAUACCAGACCGUUUUGCCAGCAUUAGAAUCGAUUCUUUUUCUGGGGACAUGUAUAUUGGUCAUCCCAGUUGGUCAAAUGAAAUUGACGUCGAUAAGUAUUUCAAAGUGGAAAAUGGCGUAUUAACAGUAUAUGAAACAGGCCUUUAUUACGUAUACGCUCAAGUUUGUUAUAAUAAUACUCAUGAUCAGAAUGGAUUUGUAAUAUUUCAUGGUCAUAAGCCAUUUCUUCAAUGUUUAAAUACUGUACCAACGAACAUGCCACACAAGAUUCAUACUUGCCACACUAGCGGUCUUAUAUACCUAAAGGAACAUGAAACAAUUCAUUUACGGGAUUUUCAUAGUGAUAGAAAUGCUAUUUUAAAGGAGUCCAAUAAUCGGAGCUAUUUUGGGUUAAUAAAAAUAUAAAAAAUAUAGAGAAACAAUUUACAAAAUUUAAAUAUGUAAUAUAUAUGGUUACACAUAGAAAUAAAUGUAUAU